CGCAUUGUGUCCUUUACUAUGAGUGGAUAACGUUAACUGAGCUGAUUAAAACAGUAUACAGAUACUAAGUAUAUAAGCGUGUCUUUUAGGAUACGAAAUGUUACAUAUUGAAGCACGGAUCUGAAAGUAUAAAAUACAUGUUUAACCAUCAGCACCUAAAAGGCUAUUAACAUGGAAGAUGGUUCAAGUGCACCGAAACCAUGGGGGAUAGAUUUCGAUGCUUUGAUAGAACGAUACAUGAAAGAGGCGAAUGUUCCUCACUCGAGGAAAGGGCCGAUAAUCGAACCAGGCGUGGUACCAACGGGAUGUCUACGAGUGGGAACACUGGAAGAGGGGAUGACCUUAAUUCCAGUUCCCGGAUAUACACUUGAUGCCUUCCCAUCGUACACUAAAAUGAAGAAAAAAAGGAUCCAAGAUGGCUUGGGGAAACCGAACCAACCAGAGAAUAAUCUCAAAAGACAAAGUACGUCGGAUGUGAAACAAGACAGUACACAUUACAAAAAAGAGAGAAAAAUAAGUAUUUCGAGUAACGACCAUGCUCAAGACAGCAACGUUCAAGAGGGAUGCGAAGACAUUGCCAAAACACAUUAUCAAGAUCUUAGUACCAUGCCGUUUGAAUUGAAAAACAGUUCACCGGUAUCUCUUGCGGACAUAGAAGAAAACGAGCGAAUGGAGGAAUUGGCGUUGUCUUUAAUACAGGCCAAUGAAAAGAUUUUUCCCCUUUCCCGGAUAAGCAUCGUUGAAAACUUUAAAAAGUUGAACAAACCAAAAGAUGUUCACAUUUCUACACUGGGUGAUAAACUAGAAAGACUUAAGUAUGUGGUGUCAAAGUACAACUUUAUAGGUUACUUUGAGAAACGAGUACUUGACAGCGUGGCGUUCGCAAAGAAAAUUCCUGGUUUUACAGACUUGCCUUUAUCCGAUCGAGUACUACUGCUAAAAGAAUCAAAACUUGACUGCAGCAAUAUUCAAGGACUUUUCUGCGACUUUGAGACGAACACAUUUUAUACGGAUGACGGAACACCUUUAGCGUUUUCUGAUCUUUAUGAUGUUAUGGGGGAUCAAGAAAUUGUCGUUAAAAAGUUCGGAUUAACCCGCCACAUCGAUACAUUACAGCUUACGGCUGCAGAAGAAAGUGUUUUGAAGGCUCUUUCAAUUAUGUUGCAUUGCAAAGGUGAGUGCACAUUUGAAGAAAAAGAACAGGCCGUAGUAUUAUAUGAUAAGCUUCAAGCAUGUCUUAAACAUGUUGUAAGCUCAUAUCAUCCAAAUCCUCAGCUUAGACUGCAACAAUUACGUGAUCUGCUUUGUACUAUCAAGAGAGCCAUGGAGCUUACUCUAUCAUUUCUUCCUCAGCGGGUGGAGAACGCAGUGCCGGAAACGUUUAAAACAUCCCUUGUAAACGAGGUUCUCGAGUUCUAUUGAAUGUCAUGGUCGAUAUAUUGACAUAUUUUGAUUUUACUCUACCCACAUUCGAAAUGUGGAGGUUGCUUGAUGCUGUUCAUAUUGGACAAUUGUUUACACAAAGGUUUUUGGUGAUACAUUAUUUUCCAUUCGACUGCUAUCUACAGUGGACGAAAACGGCUAAAUCCUUACUUGCUUCCCAAAACAUGUUCCGGUUAAAAAUGCAUAGAUUUACAAUUGGCUUGUCAAACUCUAUUUGAUAGGGCAUUUUCCAAUGGAACUUCAAAGUUUUGCAAAACAAGAAGUCUUCAGAACUGCCCUACUUGUCGAAUUUCUAUAGAUCUUAUUUGGAGUAUUUAGUAACUGUUAUUGAAAAGAAUUGUUUGUAAAACCGUGCAUAUUAAGGAAAUAAAACGAUAUUUUCAAUUGUUA